GGAAUAAGAGAGAGAAUCUUGGGUCUUUUAAAACAAAACACACACACACACACACACACACACACACACAGAGGAGAAGGGGGGAGUGAAGGCGAGGUCCCACGAGCACAGAGGAUUGGAUUAAACGCCCAAAUGAUGCUGAAUCUUCACGUGUUUAUCGCAUACAUGAGGAAAUCACGAUUCCCUGCACUUCUCGGCAAACCAGUCCAGAUUCAGGAGUUCAAUCCCACCCUCUUUGCCAUAUCCCAGUGGACCGUUGUGCUCGGACGGCCCCUGGGUAUGAGGUUUAUUUCGGCCUUCGGGUCAGACCGGUCUAUGCUGCCACAAUCCCCCUUCCUCGUUCUUCCAUCCUCGCCACUUCAGGGCAGCAGCAGCCUAGAGGGGCCCGGGAUCCAUGGGGGAGGAGGAGGUGGUUCUGGAGCUGGAACUGUUGGAAUGAGUCCGGGUGGUGUGAUGGGCUUAAGCAGUCAGCAUGGGCAGACACUCCAGGGGCUAAGGGGCCAGGGGGCACAGCUCUAUGGAGCUCAGUUGGGAUCAAGCUGGCAAACACCGCAGAGCUCACUGCACCAGUCAGACAUGAUCUCAUAUUAUGUGCCCACAUUCGGGUCAUCUGGGCAAGGCAGCGGUGUACCAGGUGGUUCAGGUGGUGGACCAGGUUCUGGAGGCGGGGCUCGAAGUGGUGGCGGUGGGCCAGGAAGCCCAUCUGGGGGAUCGACUUCGGGGCUCGGUAUCCCAUCGCUUGGAGGUCUGGGAUUCUCACCACUGCCCUCCCUGUCUGCCCCAGUUCCAGUGAGUGGACCGACCGGACCUAGCCCUGCAGAAGUGACGCUCCGAUUGUUUCCUGAGGCAGGGGGCCGACCUGGUGGGGGAGGCAUUCCUCAAUCUCCCUCACCACAAAGCCAUUUGCAGCAGCAACAAGACACACCUGUGGGCAUUAGUUGCCGCAGCCCGGGUAUGGGGAUGGGACCUGCACAUUCUCGCGGUUCGUCAGGGAUACCCCCCCACAUGGGGGCUGGUGAUAGAAUGGGCGGUGAAUCCACUCCCCCGGCCUCCCCUGGCCUUCAGCAGCUCCAUGUUCUGUCCCCGAUGGUGAGGGUGGGAGACCCUGGUGCUGUUGCUGGCGGGAGUAGCUACAACUGGUCACGGGUGUUCGAUCUGCCCAAGUACUGGACGGGCGAGGGAAAUGUGGUGAGUUUGUCGGAAGGGCAUACUGAGAAGGGUUUGGAUCUGACAGUGAUAGUUAAGGGGGAAGAGGAUGAGGUGGAACAACAACAACAACAUCAACAACAGCAGCAGCCUCCACAACAACCACAACACCCACAACAAGCACACCAACAGCAACAGGGAGCAAAAAGGCUGAGUGCAGUUCUGGGGAUGGAGCCAGGGUUGGGGAGGAUGAGGGGGGAGCGGGAGUCAGACAGGGGUCGUGGGGAUGCCAGACAGAUGCCAUUCAGCGGGGUUGGAUUGGGCGGCCAGGGGUACUUCGGGUCCGGGGGACGGGAGGGCCAGUGCCGCAGAGGGGAAUCUGCUUCCAGUCAACUGGCAAGUGGUAGCCCCGGCUCAGGCUCAGGGGGCAUGAUGAUGCCCAUGUCCAUUUAUUCACCUGCAGCGCAGUCACCUGGUGGUAGUUUCAGCUCUGUUGGUGCGGGUGCACAGCCUGGAGGUGGGGGCCACGACAGCCCAGUUGGCCCCAGUGCAGGGGGAUUUUCAGGGCAUGUGCGAGAGCUCUAUCCUCCAAACACGGGAGAGAGGACCCUGGGGAGCUUUCUGCCGCAGCAGCCGGAGCAACGGAGCGUCCUGGAUGCAGGAGGGCUGGGAAUGGGCAAUCUCUGGAUGGGUAGUUCAGGGCUCAGGUUUCCCCAAGGGCCGAUUGGACGAAGCAGGACGUUGCUGGAGGUGGACGUGAAGGCCCGACUGGGCAUUGCAACAGGGGAAGAAACGGCGACAAGGUCGCCGCAGCUGGGAAUAGGACCCAGAGCACAGCUGGGAAUGACUGGGGAAAGAGAAGGGCCGGGAGCUGCUGCUGCUUUGUUGACGGGACUCUUGAGCCAGUCAUCUCGUGAGGAGGAAGAAGGGCCAAGGGAGCACACAAUAUGGCAGCUGGAGGGGAUGAUGGGGGCAGGCGCAGGAGUGUUAGGGAGUGGAGGGGAGAAGAAGAGGCCCAGAGAGAUAGAUGUGGAAGAGGGGUCAAGCUCAUUGGGUGGUGGGCCUCUGGGCAGUGUUGUUGAAGUUCCUCAUGGAGGUGGAGCCAUGGAAGGAGGUGGUCAGAUGGGACCAGUGGGAACCGGCGGUCCAGGUAUGGCCCCUCAAGGAGAGGUGCAAACGGUCCAAGAAGUGCCCAAGAGAAGAGCUAAACGAGGCCAGGCAACAGAUCCCCACAGUAUAGCAGAGAGGAUACGACGGGAGCGGAUUAGUGAACGACUACGAAAAUUGCAUGAGCUCCUGCCGAUUUCAGAUAAGGUUGAUACUGCAACCAUGCUCGAUGAAGCUAUCCAAUAUGUCAGGCGGUUGCAAGGGCAAGUGCAAGUAAGUCCUCUCAAUGGCCUGAUCCCAGAGGAGACCAUUGUUCCCUCUUCAAGCAACAAAAGCAAUUCUAAUGUACUAAGAAUUGCGGAGAACUAUUCAUCCAAGUUCCAGAUUUCCUAUUCCUUAGCACUGAUGUAUGAUGAAAUUUGCGACAAAGUCAGCACUUAAACCCAAACCAUGCCGUCUGAAGCUAAAUUGAUGAACCGAAAUAUGCAUUUUGCCAAGCCUAAAAGUGACCAGUACCGGGCAUCGAAAAAAUCAAGGCCAUACUCAUAC